AUUGUAACUUUGAACGGUUACUAAAUGAACUGUUCUAAGUCAAGGACUACCUGUACAAUAAAAGUAUAAAAAGUUAAAAAAGAAAGAGAAAAAUGAAUCAAAAGAAAGAAAAACAGAAAUUUGCCCUCCUACUCUUAUCUUAUUCUUUGCCUUCUCCUUCUGAUUCCCAAACUCGUAAGACGUCAGUUCAGUCUUUUCUUCUUACACCAAAAACUCCAUUUAAGAUUAUUAAUCUUUUAAAAGUCUUUGUCGUUUUUUUCCCCCUAUCAGAUUCCUGUACACAUUUUGUUUUAAAUCCUCACACAGUAUGAGUCACUGUUGUUCACCUCUUAUACUUGUUCUUAAGGGUUUUUUUUUUUAACUUUGGCAAUGGGAUCUUAUUAUCCCUCAAAUAAUACUUUUAAAGGGUAUAUGGAUAAUAUGCUAAAAGAAGCACACUGCACACAAAAAAGAGCAUCUCACACUUUUGAAGUGGAAUCUGCUAAGUUUAUUUGCCAGAUUUAUGCCUAUUUGUCCAAGUCUAAUUAUGUCCAGCAGGAAUUCUAAAGGCGGUUUUUCUUUUUCCUACACAACAAGUUCCCGUGAGGAGAACAAAAGACUCACUGUGUUCUCUCCAUUAUGUUGUGGAGGAGAUGACAGUCACAUUUUCCAUCUACGCAUGUAAACGUAAACAUGCUGAUGUUUGCAAAUUGUUUAUAAAUUAAAGUUGAUCGAGUUUGGUUACCAUUUAAGAUUUCUGAUUAACAAGGCCAUAUUCCUUGGCAACUCUAGGUAAGUACUUAUGCCUUUCAUUCACACGAAGGGAGGAACUGUUCUUUUUGCCUCCUGCAAGUUCAGAAACGGCAAGGGAUUGUCCCAGCAGCUGCACUGCCCUUUCACAUCACAGGACAUUUGUGACAAGGCACCCCAGGGCUUCAUCUCAACUCCGAAAUCACAGAAAGAUUGAGGGUAUUCAUGACAACUCAUCAGCGAUUAAGUCGGGCUGACUUCCGCCGCUCUGAUAAUGUCUCUGAGCAAGUACAGGUUUGUGUACGACUGCGCCCAGGUGUGGGGACUGGACAAGGUCAAGAAGCUCCAUGUGUACGAGGUGUGGACUCUCAUUCCUUGGAAAUUCUCAACUGGAGAAAUGAGAUGGAGACUAUGAAAUACAAGUUUGAUGCGUUUUAUGGCGAGGCAGCCACCCAACAUGAUAUCUACAUGGGGUCAGUCAAGCCUGUCUUGCACCAUCUGUUGAAGGGGCAGAAUGCCAGCAUACUGGCUUAUGGACCAACUGGAGCAGGCAAGACAUACACCAUGCUGGGAAAUCCAGAUCACCCAGGGGUGAUCCCUCGAGCUGUUCGAGACGUCCUGCAGAUGACAAGGGAUGCUUCAGAAGAUAAAUGCAAAUACUCUGUCUCUAUGUCCUAUCUGGAAAUCUAUCAAGAAAAGGUUUUGGACCUUCUUCAGCCCACCCUCCGAGACCUGCCCAUCAGAGAGGAUCGUAACCACAACAUCCUGGUUCCAGACUUGACCCAGAAAGAGCUCACUAACUUUGCAGACUUUGAAAGCUAUUUUCUGCCGGCGAGCAGAAAACGAACGGUGGCAUCGACUCAGCUGAACCAGCGCUCCAGCCGCAGUCAUGCUGUGCUGCUGGUUCUGGUGAACCGAAUCCGGGACUGGCCCACAUAUUCUCACCAGACUGCGAAGCUGUGCCUCAUCGACUUAGCCGGCUCUGAGGACAAUCGAAAAACGGGCAACAAAGGCCUACGCCUGAAAGAGAGCGGAGCUAUCAACAGCUCCCUCUUUGUGCUCAGCAAGGUGGUUGAUGCCCUUAAUCAGGGUUUGCCUCGAGUUCCCUAUAGAGACAGCAAGCUGACCCGUCUGCUGCAGGACUCUCUGGGAGGCAGUGCCCACAGCUUGAUUAUUGCAAACAUCGCUCCAGAGAAGAAAUAUUAUUUUGACACCCUCACAAGCCUCAACUUUGCUGCAAAGUCCAAACAAGUUGUGAAUAAACCCUUCACCCAGAAAGCCCUACCCCAAACUGAUAAUAGGAAACCAGCAAAGCCUGGGAAAACUGAAACUGUGAGCAACCAACCAGAAGCAGGAAGUUCUGUCUCAGAUGGCAAGAGGCCUUGUCCAGGCUUCAGAGAUGCAGGCCAUGAGGCCAAGAGGCCUUGCCUACAAGAAGAACAGCCAGGGCCACCUGAAGAGAAGCCACUCAGUUCUUUGCUGCCUCUUGAGAAUCUUGACCCCAAUUUGGCUGAACGAUUGCUACGAUUAGAGGCUCUAGAGAAAGGAAAGGCUGGGUGCCAGAUGUUACCUCUCCUUAACACACCACGCAGGGAACGGCUGAAUGUCCUGAAACUCCUGGAUGAGACACGCCGUGAGCUGAAGAAAGUUAAAGAAAAGCAGUUAGAAAUGGAAGCCCAGACUCUGAAGAACAAAAAAGGCGUGCUUUUCCCCCAAGCUGCAAAACCCCGAAAACAGGCCACAGUACUGCCUCUCCAGCAAGUGCAAACACCUGUCAAGAGUCAAGAAGAGGAAGGUGUUGUUAAGAAACAAAAGACCAGAGGCCGAAAGAAGAAGAUUUUAGACUUCGACUCUGAAAAUAAGGCUCCCCUUGAGUUUGAGAUGAAGAUCCAUCCAGAUCAGCUGGCUCAUAGCAAAGCUAAUAUUCUGUCCCUCAUGAACUCAGGUUCCGUGAAGGAUCUUAUGGGCCUGCACCUCAUUGGCAAGAAAAAGGCCCAGCUGAUUGUGAGCUGGAGAGAAAAUUAUGGAUCUUUUGAGAAGGUACAAGAUCUUGAGAAAAUUCAUGGUAUUACAGCUAAACAAGUAGACUCUUUUAUGGAGGCAAAUAUCUUCAAAUGUCUUCGAAAACUUCAGUAACUGGACUGGCACUGAAACAGCAUCUCCCCUACCAGGAUUUUUUAAUUAACAUUGCUUAUGUGUUCAUUUUUAUUUAACUAAUAUAGGUACUCAGCCUUCCGAGGUCAAUAAUAUGAGGAUCCAGAUUGUUGGGGGAGGGUAAUAUGCUGACUCUAGACUACUUCGAGAAGGCUGUAUAGCAUUGUGCAUCUAUUGGUAUUGCUAUAUUAGAUGUUAAAAUCUCAGAACAAUAUUUUUAAUGAUUACAUUGCUCAUCCUUGGUCCUUCACUGUAAACCAUCCAGCAUUCACAACUAUCAAGGUAUCAACGUAAAGGAGAUGGGAGUAUUUUUAGUGGAGAAUAAAGGGAAAUUAUUAAUUUUUAAAUUUUGGACAAUGUUGUCACAAACCAUUUCCUUUUUUCAGUUUCCUUGGUGUUUGUCAAAAAUUCUGAUUUUAAGCUAAUUUGGAAUAUUCCAUAGGUCUGUAUACAUUUCCCAUCCUAUAUUAAAAUUUGGGUGUAACCAAC